AUGGAGAGACCUUGGCGUCAAAGGGGGUUGGUGGGGGAGGAGAAGAUCCAGGCCAAAACUUUUCAGUUCAUCUUCGCCAAAUCUGAAGACAGAGAGGCCAUUUUGAGACAACGACCAUGGUCGUUUGACAGCCACUUCUUGGUGCUGCAAAAGAGGGAAGAGGAGAUGGAUUAUGAAGCGGAGACCUUCAAUUUCACUCCCAUUUGGGUGCAAAUUUGGAACAUACCUAGGCACUGGGUGUUUCGUGAAAUGGGUCUAGAUCUGAGAGAGUUUAUUGAUGAAGUAAAAGAUGCAAUAGUCCCAGAUAUUAGUGACAAAAAAUAUGGGGCGGGGAUAAGCAGGGAGAAUAAGGAAAUUCCUAUAGGGCAUGUUGUAGUAGAAAAAGGUGGAUAUAGUGGGGUAAACAAAAUGAGGCAAGAGGAGAAGGAGAAGGUUUCAACUGGGAAAAUGAUUGUGGGGAAUGAGGAAAAGAUUAGGGAUGAUGAUAUCUUAGAGAGUGAGCUUUGUGGUAAGGAUCCUUUUCUAGAGGACGUCAAAACUGGAGCAGACUUGAUGUUGAAAAUGUAUAAAACUGGAACGAUCCCAAAGAAGGUGUACGAAGAAUUUAUGCGCCCAAAACCAGAGUUGAGUAGACAUGUAAGGAGAAGCCCUUUUGAUGAUGUAAUGAAUAGAAUGUGGAAUAAGAGUGAAUUGGAAAACAAGUUGGGAAGUGAAAAGAAUAAAGGGGCAACAGUGCUACCGGAAAAGGGUCAGAAAAAAAGUCAACGGAAGAAGAGAGCUAGAGGGGGGGUGGAAAAUCAGGUGUUUGAUGGGGAAUCUCGAGAUGAAACAAUGGUAGAUGGAUUGGAUAAAAGGGACAAAUUGAUGAUGGAAGGAAUGUUAGAGAUGCAACAGGAAGGGUGCAAAAAGAUAAAACAGAAUGAGGUGGAACUAACAGAAGGGGGUCUCAGUUCUAGCAGCAAUGUCAACACUCAAGUGAUGGAAGCCAGCCUCAAAUGGCCCUGA